AUGUGUCUUGGCUCCCCGCCACCGGUGGCGGCCGAAGAACUCCCACCAUUUCAAUUAUCUUCAUUGCUCCCGCCAUUGCCGGAGUGUAGGCAAUACUUCGAUCAAUUUCAACAAAACCAGUUUGGUAUGACAAUGCAGCCAAACUUUUCCCCGACAUUGGCAGCCGUCCAAAUUCCCGAAAAUAAUUUUGAAUUUCAUAAUAAUGCCCCCGCCGCCAUCGCUGCUGCUGCCACUGCAGGGCCGCCUAUCAACUUCUGGCAGCCGUAUCCUCCGCAGCCUAACCUUCGUCAAACAAGCAAACCCCAAAAGCAAGACAUUGUGGUGGAAAAAAGUUUGGAAGAGCUAAUGGCCGAAUCGUGGGCAUGGCGGAAAGUCGGGCAGAAGUCCAUCAAAGGAUCUCCUCAUCAAAGGAUAUACUUCCGUUGCAUUGCUUACAGAGGUUGUGCUGCCAAACGGAAAGUGGAACAACAUGCAACGAAGGCGGACAAAUUCGUCGUCACCUAUUACGGUGAACACACUCAUCUUAUUCCCCGCCUUGGCCUCUAG